AUGGAUCCAAAACUUGUUGAACUUGCUCUUGAAUGCUUCCGAAACAAGCCAAGGGUUAAAAUUAGAAAAUUGAAUAUUUCUGGAAAUGAUUUUAUUCAAGUAAAAAAUGAUUCUACAAGUGACAAAAAUUAUGUUCAAGUCAAUGUAACACAAUCACAGAAAGGGAAAGAUGUUAAAAUUGAGAAGCAAAAGAAGGGUCAAAAUUCUGGUACAGGAGGGAGUAAUGAUAAUGUGGCAACACUGACCGUAUCUAAUGGUAACAGGAAUCAAAAAACAACAAAAAAGAUAACGAACGAUCUUGGAGGAAAUGAAUCAGAACAUGGUUGCAAAGUUUGUGGCAAAAUUUACGAGACAGAAUGCAGCUUAAGGAAGCAUUCAUGGACACACACGAAAGGAAAACCAUAUUCGUGUGAUAUAUGUGGCGCCAAAGUUACAACUAAGAACAGCUUAAGAAAACAUAUGCGAAUCAUGCACUCAGAGAUAAGAGUAAAAUGUGAUUUAUGUGAUAAGGAAUACAAAGAGAUAUCUACGUUGAAAGCUCACAAACGAGCUGUGCAUGAAAACAAUAAAAAGCAUAAAUGUACCAUUUGUGACAAGACAUUUCUCUUUCUAAGUGCUUUGAAAGUCCAUAUGGACACUCACUCAAACCUGCGUAAGUAUAAGUGCCACAUUGAGGGGUGCAAUAAAGCUUACUUAAUGAAAAAAGCACUUUCUCACCAUCUACUGGUUCAUUAUAACAUUCGCCGAUUUGUUUGUGAUAUUUGCGGAAAGAACUUCAUUAUUAAUGCACAUUUGAAACUCCAUAUGAGAGUACAUAGCGGAGAAAAACCAUACAAAUGUAAAUAUUGUGGGAGAGCUUUUGCAUAUAAAGCAUUUCUCGUUAACCAUACACGAGUACACACCGGUGAGCGUCCUUUUAAAUGUAAGGAUUGUGGCAUGGAUUUCAAAUAUGCAAUAGCAUAUACAUACCAUAAAAGAAAAAAUCACCCAAGUGAAACACAGCCAACAUUUGCCUGUUUGAUUUGCUCUAAAUCUUUUCGGGACGAUUCAUCUCUAGCACGACAUAUGUUAGUUCACACGAAUGAAACUCCUCACAAAUGUGAGACAUGUGGACGUGGUUUUAAACUAGAACAAAACUUAAAACGACAUUACAUUGUUCACACGGGAGAAAAACGAUACAAAUGCACGAUCUGUGAAGCAGAGUAUGGGUAUCCAAACUCGUUAAAACAACACAUAAUUGGCGUACAUUUGGGAAAAAGAGACUAUAAGUGUGAAAUAUGUGCGAAAACUUUUGCUCGCAGUCAAACACUUGCUAGUCACCUAUAUAUGCACAAAGGCGAAAAGAAAUUUCCAUGCAAAAAAUGCGGCCGUAAGUUUCGAUCCAAAAUCAUGGCAGCUGUUCAUAUGCGAACUCACACAAAAGAAAAACCAUUUGAAUGUGACAUAUGUGGGGACAGAUUCGCUCAUUCAAGCAGUCGUGAUAUGCAUUUGAGACUGCAUACAGGUGAAAGACAUUACAAAUGUAAAAAAUGUCCUGAGUCAUUUAUGCACAGAUAUCAACUCUUGAAACACAAUGGCUCCCAAUGCAGAUUCAAAGUUCUUCCAAAUGAAAACGAUCCAAGGAUUGUGCGCUAA